GACAGCUCUGCCUCUGCAGCGGGUCUUCACAGGACACUCGCAGGGAGGGCGGGCUCGGCGUGGGAGCGGACAGCUCUGCCUCUGCCGCGGGUCUUCACAGGACACUCGCAGGGAGGGCGGGCUCGGCGUGGGAGCGGACAGCUCUGCCUCUGCAGCGGGUCUUCACAGGACACUCGCAGGGAGGGCGGGCUCGGCGUGGGAGCGGACAGCUCUGCCUCUGCCGCGGGUCUUCACAGGACACUCGCAGGGAGGGCGGCUCUGUCUCUAAAUCGGGUCCCGGCUUCAGAAAACAGGUUAUAAUAAUGCAGCUGCGCCUCUGAGGAGAAAGGCGGGGGGUCCGUCCCGCAGCUGGAAAGAUACGCGUGUGUCUCCAUUUGAGAUAUUCUGCAAGGUGAGCGCGUGAAUCUACUGCAGGCUGUCCAAACAACCAGGGUGGCUCCAUGUAUCCUGAAACGACCACCGACUCCCCAGCUCGACUCUCGCUCCGCCAGACUGGCUCCCCAGGCAUGAUCUACAGUGCUCGAUAUGGGAGUCCCAAGCGGCAGCUUCAGUUCUACAGAAACCUUGGAAAAUCUGGAUUGAAGGUGUCAUGCCUUGGUCUAGGAACAUGGGUGACCUUCGGAGGUCAGAUUACUGACGAGAUGGCAGAGCAGCUGAUAACGCUGGCCUAUGAGAACGGGAUCAAUCUGUUCGAUACGGCGGAGGUCUACGCUGCUGGCAAGGCAGAAGUUGUACUUGGGAAUAUAAUAAAGAAAAAAGGAUGGAGGCGCUCCAGCUUGGUCAUCACAACCAAAAUAUUCUGGGGUGGAAAAGCAGAGACCGAAAGGGGGCUGUCGAGAAAACAUAUCAUAGAAGGGCUAAAGGCUUCUCUGGAGCGGCUGCAGCUGGAAUACGUGGACGUGGUGUUUGCGAACAGACCCGACCCCAACACGCCCAUGGAAGAAACGGUCCGAGCCAUGACGCACGUCAUCAACCAGGGGAUGGCCAUGUACUGGGGCACUUCCCGCUGGAGUUCCAUGGAGAUUAUGGAGGCGUACUCCGUUGCCCGGCAGUUCAACCAGAUCCCUCCAAUCUGUGAGCAGGCAGAGUACCACAUGUUCCAGAGGGAGAAGGUGGAGGUGCAGCUUCCAGAGCUCUUCCAUAAGAUAGGUGUGGGCGCUAUGACGUGGUCUCCGCUGGCCUGUGGGAUCAUAUCGGGGAAAUACGACAGCGGGGUCCCCCCUUAUUCUAGAGCGUCACUCAAGGGGUACCAGUGGUUGAAAGACAAGAUCCUGAGCGAGGAAGGUCGACGUCAGCAGGCGAAGUUGAAAGAGCUGCAGGCAAUCGCAGAGAGGCUUGGCUGCACACUCCCGCAGCUGGCUAUCGCGUGGUGUCUGCGGAACGAAGGCGUUAGUUCAGUCCUGCUGGGGGCUUCCAAUACAGAGCAGCUGAUAGAGAACAUUGGAGCAAUACAGGUUCUUCCGAAGUUAUCUUCUUCCAUUGUGCAUGAAGUGGAUAGCAUUCUGGGCAACAAGCCGUACAGCAAAAAGGACUACCGGUCCUAAUGUGCUACGUAGCAGAGCGGAGCGCCCCCCGCUGGACUCAGACUGUUCUUCAUCUCUAACCUUUGCCUGUUCCUCUUAUUGCUUGAGCUUUUACUGAAUUGGAAACUGAAGUGCAGAAUCGGAUGAGUUGCACUGGAGAGAAUAAUUUAAAAAAGGAUUGCAAUGGAAUGCAAAGAAGGGGGAGGGGGGGGAUAUGCACUCUUAGAAAUUAAUAUUUACAAGAAGAAAAAAAAGCACACACACGCUCGCUUUGCAGACUACGAAUUCUGUUUUACUUUUUUUGAUUUUCAUUUUGCAGUGGAUCUACAUAGAAAUGAUAACACAAGGACAAUUAAGACAAUGUUUACCUUGACUUGUAAAAUGAUAUUUCAGCUUUACACAUGCUUCCUUUUUUUUCAAUAUGAAUGAAUUAAUAAACACGUAAGUGAUAGAACUGAGACUUCUAUAACAGACACAAGUGACUGUUCCUCAUUCUGGGGGAUCAGUAAGAUUGUCCCGCGAUUGAAACAUUUCCGCGGCAGUGUGAUCUGCAGUAAUGUUUUGGGACACAUGGCUAGUCUUUGAGCCCCAGAGUAUAUCCACCUUUAAGAGUUAAUGGUGCAGAGUCUAUUGCAUUGGUUUUGUUUUAAAUCUGUUUCUAAACAUG